AUGGCACCUUAUUUUGGUAUGAAGGGAGGAUGGCUCACAUUCUGGGUCACCGUUGCUUGUGCAACGGAUAUGACUUUGUUCGGUUACGAUCAAGGUGUUUUUGGUGGUGUUAUCGUAACUGAAGAUUUUCUCAAUACUCUCAAUCUUAACGGCAAAACGGCUUUAGUGGGAACAAUAACCGCUCUCUACGAUAUUGGUUGUUUCGUAGGCGCCAUCGCAGCCGUCGCUUUUGGUGAGAGGCUCGGUCGUAAAAAGACCAUUCUAUGGGGAACAUCCAUCAUGACAAUCGGAGCACUUCUCCAAAUCACCGCCUACAGCGUCCCACAGAUGAUUGUCGGUCGAAUCGUAGCCGGCAUCGGUAACGGCAUGAACACAUCCACAGCCCCGGUCUGGCAAUCCGAAACCUCCAAAGCUAGUCUCCGCGGAAAACUCGUCGUCAUCGAAAUGAUUCUCAACGUCGCUGGAUUUUCCCUCAGUAAUUGGGUUACAUAUGGAUUCUCCUUCCUUUCCGGCCCCGUAACCUGGAGAUUCCCACUCGCCUUCCAACUCAUCUUCAUCAUCAUGCUAUUUGUGACAGUCCCUUGGCUCCCCGAAUCCCCCCGAUGGUUAAUCGCCCACGGCAAAGUCGACGAAGGCCGUCAAAUCAUCGCCGACCUAGAAGACCUCGACUUAAACGAUGAGCGCGUCACCAACGACGUCAAAGAUAUCAUCUACGCCGUAGAAUACGAAGAAACAUAUGGAGUUUCCUGGAUGGAGCUCCUUCGUGGCCGAACUGGAGAAUCCGGAACCUCCACUGUACGCAGACUGCUUCUUGGGGUGGGAACCCAGAUGAUGCAGCAAUUUAGCGGCAUCAACGUAACUUCCUACUAUCUCCCCACCGUCCUCAUUUCUUCAGUCGGUCUCUCAAACACCCUCGCACGACUCCUUGCCGCUUGCAAUAGUGUAUCCUACCUAGCCGCCUCCCUCCUCGCCAUCCCCAAUAUCGAGCGCUGGGGCCGCAGAAACCUCAUGAUAUAUGCCGCCGCAGGCCAAGCAGUCUGUUACCUCUUCAUUACCGUUCUCCUGCGGUACAAUGAAUUAGAAGGGUACGCGCAUCAAAAAGAAGUUGCUUCGGCCGCCGUCGCAUUUUUCUUCAUCUACUACCUCUUCUUCGGGUUCGGCUGGCAAGGUGUCCCCUGGCUCUACCCUACCGAAAUCAAUUCUCUCUCCAUGCGAACCAAGGGCGCAGCACUCGGUACAGCCGCAAACUGGAUUAUUAAUUUCAUGGUCGUGGAGAUCACGCCGAUAGGAAUCGAGACGCUGAAAUGGAAAUUCUAUAUCAUAUGGACGGUAUUCAACGCGUCGUUUGUGCCGAUUAUCUAUCUCUUCUAUCCCGAGACGAGCGAUAGGACCUUGGAGGAUAUCGAUCGAUUGUUUAGGGAAAAUAGCAGUGUGUGGGUCUACAAGGAUGCGGAAGCUAUUAGUCGGAAGAGACCGGCGAGGUAUUUUGAGGCGGAGAGGAAUACAAAUGGGAGGUUGGAGAUGGAUGAGAGGAAGAGUGAUGGGGGGAAGAAUGAGAUGGGGCCUGGAGGUGCGUUGGCUGAACAUGAGGAGGAGGCUGGAUAUUAG